UUAAAAAUGAAAGAACUAAAUAAGGAUUUAAGAUGCAGAGAUACAUUUAAAAGAUUAAAAUAUUUAAUUAAUUUUAAUUUUACUGGGAAUAUGUCAGAAAAUAAAUCAGAUAAUUAUAUUUCUCGUAUUAUUCAUCUUAAAAGAGAAAUUAACAGUAUCAUACGAAAAGAAAAAAAUUGCAAAAAAUUAAUUGCAGAAAUUUCAAAUUGUAGAUUUUGGAAAAAUUACACAAAUCAUUACAAAAAUAAGCCAACAAAUACAAAUUCAAAUAAAUCCUAUACGAAGAAGAAUAGAUUUACAUUUAAGGAUAAAAAUGUUUCUUCUAAUGAAAUAUCCAUAUUUAAAACUAUUAUGAGACAAAACAAAGUUAUUUUAAAAAAUUUUAAAGAAAAUAUAGUUAACUCUAAAAUAUCUAAUGAUACAUAUACGAAUUUUAAAAGAAAUUUGAGAAAAAUAAUUGAUUAUAACAUAAGAUAUACUUUAGUAACAUCAAAUGAAAGCAUUGAAAAUGUAACUGCUCCUAUUAAUCCAAUUAUAACUGUUUAUCCGAGUUCACCGUUAACAAUUAAAGGAAUAGAUUUCAUUUGGUGGAUAACGUUUCUUUUUUUCAUAAACUUUUUAAUUUUACUUGGUGUAAUGGUCUCAGCUUUUCUCAUCCCUGAAUUCAAGGAAUUUGAUAUUAAAAUAGGUCCUUUCUUCCUGAGAUAAAAAUCGAUUCAUUCCUACAAAUAUUAAUUUAAUGUUUAUCGAUAUUAUUAUUAUUUCUUAAUAUUGUGGUAUGAGAAGAA